AUGAAGUCGUCUAAUGUGCCACGGCGCUGGAGGACGGAUGAAUUGCUGAUGGCAGGGUCCUUGAUCUCCGCUGGCGGGUGGAAUGAGAGCGCGUCGUGCAUUGACUCUGCACUAGGGGGCGCUCAGGUGAACCCGGACCUGUGCAGAGAGGCCCCCAGGGGCCCUUGUCUGAGGGUUGUCCUACAGUCUGAGCCACAGGGAGAGAGGCCUCAUGUGGAGCUCUCCUCUCUCCUGGAGCUGGGGUCCCCUCUCUCCUCUCUCCUGGAGCUGGGGGCCCCUCUCUCUCCUGAGGUGUUGAUCUCUCACUCACAGCAGCUCUGUCAAAGCUGCCACCUCCAGGAGAAGUGUGCGGAGUACCUGGCUCUGGCACCUCCACCUCCUGUUGAGGUCUUCAGGAGGAGAGACCUGCACCCAGACCCUGAGAGACCUGCACCCAGACCCUGA